ACCUGGAACCUGGGGCAUAAAGGUAAUAUCUAAUUGUCUUCUCCUACCCACAUGCAUUAACUUUGAAGAGAAGAAUAAGUUUGGAGGAAGAAAUGCUCCCCAUUAUCAUCAUCGCCGCAUUCACCCUUACCUUCCUCACCCUCCAAUACCUCCACAACCUCCAUUACCACCGAAAACGCUCCAAAGCCCUGCACUGCAAACCAAUCACUCGAGGGGAUGACGUCUUCUUCGGCAUCCUGGCCUUCAUCCACAUGCAGCGUGCCGUGAAGCAAAAACGCUUCCUCGAAUACCAGAUCUCCCGGUUUGAGAACUUCGGCAGAAACACCUUCACCUUCACCAUCUUCGGGAAGCGAAUCGUGGCCACGCGGGAACCGGAGAAUAUCAAGGCGAUGCUGGCGACGCAGUUCCAGGAUUUUUGUCUGGGGGAUCGGUAUAAGCAGUUCCACCCGUUUCUGGGCGAUGGAAUCUUCACGCUCGAUGGGAAGGGGUGGAGUAAGGCGAGGACGUUGUUGAGGCCACAGUUUGUCAAGGAUCAGGUCGCCGAUUUAGCCCUCAUGGAUGACCACAUCACCCGUCUCAUCGAACUCGUGCCCAAAGACAAAUCCACCUUCGACAUCCAGCGACUAUUCUUCCUCCUGACGAUCGACUCGGCCACUCACUUCCUCUUCGGAGAAUCAAUAGGCUCCAUGCUCCCCCCUUCCACAUCACGGCAGGGCAUCCUGGAGACUUCCGCCGUCGGAAGCCCACAGGGUUUCGCAGAGGCCUUCAAUCUCUCCCAAGAGUACCUCACGCAUCGAGCCCGAGCAGCGAACUUAUACUGGCUGGUCGAUACGCGGGAAUUCCGAGAAUCGAACCGCAAGAUCCACGAGGUGGUCGAUUACUAUGUCAAACUAGGCAUCGAGAAAUACAGCCAGAAACAGAACCAGAAAUCCGAAAUGGACGAGAAGGAGAAAGAACGCUACGUCUUCCUGCAGGCUCUCGUGGCGGACACGCAGGAUCCCAAGAUGCUGAGGGAUAAUCUUCUGAAUAUCCUUCUGGCUGGUCGAGACACGACGGCUAGUCUGUUGAGCUCGGCGUUUUAUUAUCUUGCUCGACACAGGGAGGUGUGGGAUCGGUUACGGAGAGAAGUGAUUGAUGUCUUUGGGGAUGCGAAACAUCCGAAGGCUGAGAUCACUCAUGCUGGAUUGAAGGAUAUCGCGUAUCUUCGAUACGUCUUGAAUGAGACGCUCCGUCUUCUUCCCCCUGUCCCUGUGAACUUCCGCGUCGCUACAAAAGACACCUCCCUCCCCGCCGGAGGUGGUGAGGACGAAAAAUCACCAAUCUACGUCCGGAAGGGCACGCAGGUCGCCUACAGCGUCUAUGCUAUGCACCGCCGUCCUGAUCUCUGGGGAGAAGACGCGAACACCUUCCGACCAGAGAGGUGGGAAGAGAACGCCAAGCAUGGAUGGGAGUAUUUGCCGUUCAACGGGGGUCCGAGGAUCUGCUUAGGACAACAAUAUGCCCUCACCGAAGCAAGCUACGCGCUUGUCAGACUUCUUCAGCACUUUGAUACGGUCGAGAACGGAGAUGAUGUACUCGGGGACAAUGAGGAUCCUAUCCUGGAGGCUAAUCUGACACUUUCGCAUGUUCGGGGAGUUUGGGUGAGGUUGUAUUCAAAGGAUUAGACAAUGGGAAUAUUGAACAUACUCGUACAGUUUAUGUAUACGGCAGAUUUAUAUGGAAUGAAUGAUAUGAACCCUAA